AUGUUACUGCAGGAAGAAUCUCUCGAUAUUUUAACUGAAUUUCUUCUAGAACAUGGAUAUACCAAAGUGAAUUCAGUGCCCAUUGAUGCCAUUCGGAAAUUAGCUCGUCUCGUUCUCGCAGAAAAUGUAUUCACUUAUGAGAAAAGAUUCUAUCGGCAAGUGAUCGGCGGUGCUAUGGGCUCCGCAUUUACUUUGACUUUAGCCAAUAUUUUCAUGUGGAAACGGGAAAAACGAUUAGUUCAACAGCAGCUAAAUGCAAACGAAAUCUAUGGAAGGCAUGUUUAG